GCCCCACCUCAGAGCCCGCGGCCCGCGGAGCGCGAGCGACGCAGGUGCCGGAGCUUCGCCGCCGCCAUCUCUGCCUUCCGUGUGGGUUAGACGCCGGCGGCGAGGUCUCCUUCCUGCUUUGGAAACCGAACGGACUGCGACGUGAAACCAGUAAGCCCCGGGGCUCCGGGAAGGAUUUGCGGGUUUGGCCGACCGGAGAACAAACUUGUGCCGCAGGGGCGGUUUAAAUGCCAGCCUCUCUCUUCCGCCUUCUCCCGCUCUCCCCCGGCAGAUGUAAGAAACCAAAACAAAGUAACAAACCCAAUCCCAACCAAAGCGCUUAUUUAACGGGAUUAGUAGAGGUGAGGAAAAUAGACCUGAGGAAUCAUCGGAAACCCCAGGUAUGGUGAGGCUGUCUAAGAAACUGGUUGUUGCUGGGGCUGUUUCUAGAACUUGUGUUUGCAAACAGGCGAGCCGGCGCUGUGAAGCCUAAGACUUCCUUCUGCUGAGGGGCUGCCUGGAAUGUCCUCUGUGAACACGUAUUUCCGUCUACUUCCCUGAAGUAAGAUGAUUUGCCAAAAAUUCUGUGUGGCUCUGUUACAUUGGAAAUUUAUUUAUUUGAUAACUGCAUUUAACUUGGCACAUCCAGUUACUCCCUGGAGAUUUAAAUUGUUGUGCAUGCCACCAAAUACAACCUAUGACUUUCUCUUGCCUGCUGGAAUCUCCAAGAACACUUCAAAUGUGAAUGAACAUUAUGAGGCAGUUGUUGAAGCUAAAUUUAAUUCAAGUAGUACCUAUUUUUCUAAUUUAUCUUCCAAAACAACUUUUCACUGUUGCUUUUGGAGUGAGGAAGAUAAAAACUGCUCUGUACAUGGAGAUGGCGUGGAAGGGAAGGCAUUUGUUUCAACAGUGAAUUCUUUAGUUUUUCAACAAAUAGGUGCAAACUGGAACAUACAGUGCUGGAUGAAAGAGGACUUGGAAUUACUCAUCUGUUCUAUGGAGCCGCUAUUUAAGAAUCCUCCCAAGACUUACGACCUUAAGGUCCAUCUUUUAUAUGUUCUGCCUCAAGUGUCAGAAGAGUCACCUCCGGUCCCCCAGAAAGGCAGUUUUCUGACUGUUCAGUGUAACUGCAGUGUUCAUGACAGCUGUGAAUGCCAUGUGCCUGUGCCCACAGCCAAACUCAACCACACUCUUCUUAUGUAUUUGAAAAUCACAUCUGGUGGAGUAAUUUUUCAAUCACCUCUAAUAUCAGUUCAACCCAUAAAUGUUGUGAAGCCUGAUCCACCAUUAGGUUUACACAUGGAAAUCACAGACACUGGCAACUUAAGGAUUUCUUGGUCCAGCCCAACAUUGAUACCAUUUCAACUUCAAUAUCAAGUGAAAUACUCAGAGAAUUCUUCAACAAAUAUGAGAAAAGCUGAUGAGACUAUCUCAGCUACAUCUCUGCUGGUAGACAGUGUGCUUCCUGGGUCUUCAUAUGAAGUUCAAGUGAGGGGCAAGAGACUGGAUGGCCCAGGACUCUGGAGUGACUGGAGCGCCCCCCUUAUCUUUACCACACAAGAUGUCAUAUACUUUCCGCCUAAAAUUCUGACAAGUGUCGGGUCCAAUGUUUCUUUUCACUGCAUUUAUAAAAGUGAAAAUGAGAUUGUUUCCUCAAAAAAGAUUGUUUGGUGGAUGAAUUUGGCUGAGAAAAUUCCUCCAAACCGGUAUAAUGUUGUGGGUGACCAUGUUAGCAAAGUUACUUUUCCUAAUUUGAAUGCAACCAAGCCUCGAGGGAAGUUCACCUACGAUGCAGUGUACUGCUGCAAUGAGCAUGAAUGCCACCAUCGCUAUGCUGAAUUAUAUGUGAUUGAUGUCAAUAUCAAUAUAUCAUGUGAAACUGAUGGGUACUUAACUAAAAUGACUUGCAGAUGGUCAACCAAUGCAAUCCAAUCACUCGUGGGAAGUACUUUGCAGUUGAGGUAUCAUAGGAGCAGCCUUUACUGUUCUGAUGUUCCAUCUAUUCAUCCCACAUCUGAAUCCAAAGAUUGCCAUUUGCAAAGAGAUGGUUUUUAUGAAUGUGUAUUUCAGCCAAUCUUUUUAUUAUCCGGCUAUACCAUGUGGAUUAGAAUCAAUCACUCUUUGGGUUUACUCGACUCUCCACCAACAUGUGUUGUUCCUGAUUCUGUGGUGAAGCCACUGCCUCCAUCCAGUGUGAAAGUGGAAAUUACUGUAAAAAUUGGAGUAUUGAAAAUAUCUUGGGAAAAGCCAGUCUUUCCAGAAAAUAAUCUUAAAUUCCAGAUUCGCUAUGGCUUAAGUGGAAAAGAAGUACAAUGGAAGAUGUAUGAGGUGCAUGAUGCCAAAUCCAAUUCUGCCAGCGUCCUGGUGCCAGACCUGUGUGCCGUCUAUACUGUCCAGGUGCGCUGUAAGAGGCUGGAUGGGCUGGGAUAUUGGAGCGAUUGGAGUAGUCCAGCCUACACAGUUGUCACAGAUAUAAAAGUUCCUACCAGAGGCCCCGAAGUUUGGAGAAUAAUUAAAGAAGAUACCACUAAAAAAGAGAGAAAUGUGACUUUACUUUGGAAGCCUUUGAUGAAAAAUGACUCAUUGUGCAGUGUAAGAAAAUAUGUGGUAAAACAUCAUACUUCCCGCAAUGGAACAUGGUCAGAAGAUGUGGGAAAUCAUACUCAGUUCACUUUCCUGUGGACAGAGCAAGCACAUUCUGUUACAGUUCUGGCUGUCAAUUCAAUUGGUGCUUCUUUUGUGAAUUUUAAUUUAACAUUCUCAUGGCCUAUGAGCAAAGUAAAUACCGUGCAGUCACUCAGUGCUUAUCCUUUAAACAGCAGUUGUGUGAUUCUUUCCUGGAAGUUAUCACCCAGUGAUUACUCUCUGAUGUAUUUUAUUACUGAGUGGAAAAUUCUUAACGAAGACAGUGAAACUAAAUGGCUCAGAAUCCCUUCAUCUGUUAAGAAGUAUUAUAUUCAUGAUCAUUUUAUCCCUAUUGAGAAGUAUCAAUUCAGUCUUUAUCCAGUAUUUAUGGAAGGAGUGGGGAAACCGAAGAUAAUUGAUAGUUUUACCCAAGAUGAUAUUGAAAAACGCCAGAAAGAUGCAGGUCUAUAUGUAAUUGUACCAAUAAUUAUUUCCUCUUCAAUCUUAUUGCUUGGAACAUUAUUAAUAUCACACCAAAGAAUGAAAAAGAUGUUUUGGGAAGAUGUUCCAAACCCCAAGAACUGUUCCUGGGCGCAAGGACUUAAUUUUCAGAAGAGAACGGAUAUUCUUUGAAGCUUAAUCAUGAUCACUACCGAUGAACCCAGUUCUUCCCAACAUUCUCUAGAGUAUUAGAAGAUUUUCACAUUUUGAAGAAGGGGAGACAAAUCUAAAAAAAAUAUUUGGUUGAACUAUUGAGAAUUAAAAUAUGGUGGAUGAUGCUGAUUUAGAACUUAAAAUAGAAGGGUAAAUUUGGGGUCAAGAUGUAGGUCUAAGUCCAUUGCAGUUUGAAUAUAUGAUUAUUUUUCAGGUCACCUCAAGUUUAACAAGUAAUUAAUAUUCAUUGUGUCUGGCUUUUGAUUUGUCAUUUGUGUGGUGGUCAUAAAACAUUAAAAAUUGUGACUGUUGGUUGUUCUUCCCAUGUAUCUAUUAGAUAUUAUCAGAUAUGUAGUAGACAAUGUUGUAACUAGAUGAAAGCUACAACUUCUGACACACCAAACACAAUGAAUCUAAUUAUAAAAUACAGUAAAACUAGUUAAUAUUUUCAUGUCCAAAAUUUUCCAUUUUAUAUUUUUUUAUAGAUAGCUGAGCUUAUAAACUGACCCACUUAGGUGUUGUUUUGAAUGUCUUGUAGCUUUUAUGCCUAUCUAACUUUGAUCAGUCUGGGAAUUUCCAUCUUUGGUAUCCUUGCAAAUGGCUUAUGUGCUAACUUCUUUCAGUACAAAGAAAGCCAGAAGUUAGAGUUUGUGUUGGUCACAGGCCAAUGGAAGUUACAGUUCAUAUCAGGAUGACCUGACAUAUCGAGGUCAGACUGACCAGAUCAGAAAACACAUCAGUCUCCAAUUCAGCCUCUUUGUGAAAUUCCUUCUUAAAUUUAUUUACACUGAACCACCCAGAGCUUCUGGCAGGCAGAGAAGUACACAGUGAUGCAAAAAGGGAGCUUUUACAAAAAGUUCAUGGCAAGGAUAGGACAUUUCUCCCUGAAAAAAAAAGACCCUUGCUAUCUCUAUGAUGCUAGCAUACUAAGUGUGUUAUGUUGCUCACAUUCAAAAUAAACCAAAGCCUGUGUUUGAUUAACAUAAAUAAUAUUCAAAUUUAGGCUAAAAUUAGAUCACUUACACUUAGAUUUUACUCAUAGCUACCAAAAAAGACACUAAAAAUGAGGAAGAAUGUGUCCUUUUCCCCUUCAUUGACUUUGAGUAGGUUAUCAUUGGAAUGUAAAAUCUAAGUGUAAAAUUAUGAAAGGAUAUUCUUUAAUUCCUGCCAGACUAAAUACAUAUUUAAUAUGUUCCCAGACUCUUCUAAAAUCUUUAAAAAUUAGGUUCAUAUAAUGAUUAAAAUGAUUUUUUAAUACACAUACUUUUAAUAAAGGUUUGUGACCCAUUGAUGAAAUAUACUUUCAUAAUAUAUGGGUAUGUGAUUUCUUAUUAUCUUCCAUCUGAAUGCAUUUGAAGACAUAUAAAUUAUCUGGUAUCAAUAAUUAGUUACCAGUUAUAAGGUUUUAGAGGACAUGAAGUAUGCCAGAGACAUCAUCUGAAGAACAUAAUGUGCAUCUGCAUGCUGUUGCCUAUUUGUGUGUAUUUUUUGUUUUCAUGUUGAUAGCAUGUAAUUCCUUUAUUUGGUGAUCUUAAUUUCUAGGGUUCAUUUAAAUUUUAAGAAAUUCAAAACACUCAGAGUAGUAAGUUUAAGAAAAAACAAAAUGAGCAAGUAGAUAUUUGAAGCAAAUCAUAAAUCGAAUGAUAAAUUUCUGUCAGAAAAAAGGCGUAGGAGCAGUUUUCAUCUAUUAUGUUCAUAAGUAACAGAGAAGGUUGUGGUAACAUGAUUAUCAUUAUGCAGCAUUGAGUAUCUAUAUAAAUAUAUUCCAUUUUUUAUUAUACUUAGCAUUUGGUAUAUUUAUUCUUUAUGGUUUAUAAUCACCAAUAUAUUCAUUUAAGAGUUUAGAACUAUGCUAAUGAAUUGUUUUUAUAUGGAACAUAUUUGCUAUUAUGAAGAAUAGUUGGGUAUACUGUUAUUUCAGGCAAUAAAUUUAAAUUCAUUCUAGUAUUUUAAAAAUUGUAAAAUUCAAAAGGUCAAUCACAUGUAUGAUUUACAAAUUGAACACAUUUUCAGUAGCACUUCAUUUAGUUGCAUUAAUUUUUCAAUGUGAUGUGUCCACAGUGUUCUUUAUUUUGAAUUUAUUUUUUCAAAAUGUUUACAUUGUAUGAGUUGAGCUUUUUACAUGCAGAUUCUUGAUUUGUAGCUGCUUGGCAGGGUUUUUUGUUGUGAUGUAACCAGCAUUCUUAUAAAAGAUAUGAUGGCA